UUUGGGCCAAGGGGAGCAGAAAGUUUUCUUGGACACGCCACCAAGUGAGGACAUUUGUGGGCAUAGCCUGGACCAGAAACGUGGGCUCCUGGCUCCCUGCUGGUGGCCACCCGAGACAUCAUUAGGAGACUUGCCCUUUCCCUAGGCAGGUAAGCACAGCAGGUAGAGACACAGCGCUGGACCCUUGGUGCCCCGAGGUGUCCUUGGGGGCCCCCUGAGUGCUCGGCCAUCCCUGUGUACCACCUCUCAGGCACUGGAACCCACCUGAGGACCUACUAUGGGCUCCCUGCUCUGGCUGCUCCUUCUGGUCUCAUUCUUCCCAACAGGCCACACCUCAUGGGGUGUCUCCAGUCCCAAGACUGUGCAGGGAGUGAAGGGGUCUUGCCUGCUCAUCCCCUGCAUCUUCAGCUUCCCUGCCAAUGUGGAAGUGCCUAAUAGCAUCACAGCCAUCUGGUACUUUGACUACUGGGGCCAGCGGCAGGUGGUGACUCACUCUGCAGAGCCCUCGAAGGUGGAGGCUCGUUUUCGCGACCGUGCCCAGCUGCUGGGGAAUGUGGAACGCAACGUCUGCAACCUCUUGCUGAAGGACCUGCAGCCUGAGGACUCAGGCACCUACAGCUUCCGCUUUGAGAUCAGUGUCAGCAACAGCUGGACAGAUGCCAAAGGCACCUCGGUCUCUGUGACAGAGAAGCCCAGUAAGCCCGUCAUUACCUCCCCCAUGGAGCUGCGAGAAGGCAUGGAAGUGAACUUCAACUGUUCCACGCCCUACUCGUGCCUGCAGGAGCCAGUCAGCCUGACAUGGCAGGGCCAGGACCCCGCUCGCUCUGUCAUCUCCAGCUUCCAGAAGCUUGAACCCACCGGUGUCGGCCACCUGGAGACGCUUCACAUGGUUCUGUCAUGGCAGGACCAUGGCCGGACACUGCGCUGUGAGGUCUCAGUGGCCAGCCUCAGGAGUCAGAGUGAGAUUCACCUCCAAGUGCAGUAUGCCCCUAGAGGCGUGGAGGUCCGCCUCAGCCCUGCAGGGCGGAACAUCCUUCCAGGUGAUCUGGUCACACUCACCUGCCAAGUGAACAGCAGCUACCCUGAGGUCAGUUCUGUGCAGUGGCUCAAGGACGGGGUGCUCCUGGAAGCCAAUGGUCGCGUGCUGCAGUUGUCCCAGGCAGCCUGGAGCGAUGCCGGCGUCUACACCUGCGAAGCUGGAAACGGCAUUGGUUCUUCGGUCUCACCCCCAGUCAGGCUCCAUGUGUUCAUGGCUGAGGUCAAGGUGAGCCCAGCAGGCUCCAUUCUGGAGAACCAGACUGUGACGCUGUCCUGCGGCACUCCCAAAGAGGCGCCCAGUGAGCUCCGCUAUGCGUGGUACAAGAACAAUAUCCUGCUAGAGGAAGCACAAAGUCCCACUCUCCUGCUGCCCUCAGUCACCAGGGCUGACACUGGCUUCUACUUCUGUGAGGUGCACAACACCCAGGGCAGUGAGCGCUCUGGCCCUGUCAGUGUGGUGGUCAACCACCCACCCCUUGCUCCAGACCUGACCGCCUUCCUGGAGACACAGGCUGGGCUCAUGGGCAUCCUCCACUGCUCCGUGGUCAGUGAGCCAGUGGCCACACUGGUGCUGUCACAUGGCGGCCACAUCUUGGCCUCCAGUUCUGGGGAGAGAGAUUACAACCCCCGCUUCAGCAUCUCCUCUGCACCUAACUCCCUGCGCCUGGAGAUCCGAGACCUGCAACAAACUGACAGUGGAGAGUAUGAGUGCUCAGCCACCAACUCCCUUGGAAAUUCAACCUCCAUCUUGGACUUCCAUGCCAAUGCGGCCCGCCUCACCAUCAGUCCGGCAGCCAAGGUGGUGGAGGGGCAGGCCGUGACUCUGAGCUGCAGAAGUGGCCUGAGCCCGACUCUGGACACCCGCUUCUCCUGGUACCGGAACGGAGUCCUGCUUCUCGAGGGACACAGCAGCAACCUCCUGCUUCCUGCUGCCUCCAGCAGCGAUGCCGGCUCAUACCACUGUCGGGCCCAGGACAGCCACAGUGCCAGCGGCCCCUCCUUGCCUGUGGUCCUCACUGUGCUCCACCCUCCACGCCAGCCCCUGUUCACCGCCCAGCUGGACCUCAGUGCUGCCGGAGCUGGGCCGGGACGGCACGGCCUCCUCUUGUGCCGUGUGGAAAGUGACCCUCCUGCCCAGUUACGCCUGCUCCACAAGGACCAUGUUGUGGCCACUUCCGUGUCAUCACACAGUGGCUGCAGCACCUGUGGGGGCUGCUCCCAGCGGGCAAAAGUCACCAAAGCCCCCAACUUGCUGCGGGUGGAGAUCCACAAUCCAGUGUUGGAGGACGAGGGCGUGUACCUGUGUGAGGCCAGCAACGCACUGGGCAACGCCUCAGCCUCGGCCACCUUCAAUGCCCAGGCCACGGUCCUGGUCAUCGCACCAUCCAACACGCUUCGGGAGGGCUCAGAGGCCAACCUGACUUGCAAUGUGAGCCGGGAAACCACAGGCAGCCCUGCCAACUUCUCCUGGUUCCGGAAUGGGGCACUGUGGGCCCAGGGCCCCGUGGAAACUAUGAGACUGCUGCCCGUGGCCAGAACCGAUGCUGCCCUCUACGCCUGUCACCUCAUCACAGAGGGUGGUGCCCAGCUCUCUGCUCCCGUGAUCCUGAGUGUGCUCUAUCCCCCAGACCCACCAAAGCUGUCGGCCCUCCUGGACAUGGGUCAGGGCCACAUGGCUGUGUUCGUUUGCACUGUGGACAGCCGUCCUCUGGCUCAGUUAGCCCUGUUCCAUGAGGAGCGCCUCCUGGCCAGCAGUCUGGGACCACAGCUCCCAUCCCACGGUAGGCUGCAGGCCAAGGCCACAACCAACUCCCUACAGCUGGAGAUUCGAGAACUGGGUCUUAGGGAUUCUGGAAACUACCGCUGUGAGGCCACAAAUGUUCUUGGAUCAACCAACACCUCGCUCUUCUUCCAGGUCCGAGGUGCCUGGGUCCAGGUCUCACCAUCGCCUGAGCUCCAGGAGGGUCAGGCUGUGGUCCUGAGCUGCCAGGUGCCCACGGGGGUCCCUGAAGGGACCUCAUAUCACUGGUAUCGAGAUGGCCAGCUCCUCCAGGAGUCGAACUCUGCCAUGCUCCGUUUUGCAGCCAUAACUCUGAAGCAAGCUGGGGCCUACCAUUGCCAAGCUCAGGCCCCAGGCUCAGCAACCACCAGCCUGGCCGCUCCAGUCAGCCUCCGUGUGUCCUACUCUCCACGCCAGGCCAUACUCACCACCCUGAUGGACACGGGCCCGGGGCGACUGGGCCUCCUCCUCUGCCGUGUGGACAGUGACCCUCCAGCCCAGCUGCAGCUGCUCCAUGGGGACCGCCUUGUGGCCUCAACACUACAAGGUGUAGCAGAAACUGCAAGCAACUCUCCUCGGCUGCAGGUGGCUGUGGCCCCCAACACUCUGCGCCUGGAGAUUCACAACACAGUGCUGGAAGAUGAGGGCAUCUACACCUGUGAGGCCACCAACACUCUAGGCAAGGCCUCAGCCUCGGCCAACUUCGAUGCCCAGGCUGUGAGCGUGCAGGUAUGGCCCAAGGCCAUGGUGCAGGAGGGACAGCAGGUGAACCUGACCUGCCUUGUGUGGGCCACCAACCUGGCCCAGCUCACCUACACGUGGUACCAGGAUGGGCAGCAGCGUCUUGGCGCCCGCUCCAUCUCCUUGCCCAACGUCACGGUCACAGAUGCUGCCUCCUAUCGCUGUGGUGUAGGGCUCCCUGGCCAGGCACCCCGCCUCUCCAGACCUGCCACCCUGGACAUCCUCUACGCGCCCCGCAGCCUGCGUCUGACCUACCUCCUAGAGAGCCAUGGUGGACAGCUGGCCCUGAUACUGUGCACUGUGGAUAGUCGCCCACCUGCCCAAAUGGCCCUUAGCCACGCCGGCCGCCUCCUGGCCUCCUCAACUGCUGCUUCUGUCCCGAACACCUUACGCCUGGAACUACAGGAGCCACAGCCAAGUGAUGAGGGGCUCUACAGCUGCUCUGCCCACAGCCCCCUAGGCCAAGCCAACACAUCCCUGGAGCUGCAGCUAGAGGGUAUACGGGUGACACUCACUCCCUCGGCUACUGUGCCUGAGGGGAAUCCCAUCACAGUGACCUGUGAGGACACUGCAGCCCGCCCACCCAGUCUCUACAUCUGGUACCAUAAUGGCCAUUGGCUUCAGGAGGGGCCAGGCACCACUCUUGAGUUCCCAAUGGCCACAAGGGCUCACGCGGGUUCAUACUCCUGCCAGGUGCAGGAUACCCAGGGCACACGCAGCUCCCGGCCUGCGGCCCUGCAAGUCCUCUAUGCCCCUCGAGAUGCCGUCCUGUCCUCCUUCCGGGACUCCAGGGCCAGACCCAUGACUGUGAUACAGUGCACUGUGGACAGUGAACCUGCUGCCGAGCUGACCCUGUCCCACAACAGCAAGGUGUUAGCCACCAGCAAUGGGCUCCAUGACUCAGCAUCAGGGAUGGGCCACGUGCAGGUGACCCGCAACAUGCUGCGGCUGCAGAUGCAAGAUGUGCAUGCAGGCGAUGAUGUCUAUGUUUGCACAGCCCGCAACUUGCUGGGUUCAGUUAGCACCACUGGGCAGCUGCAGGCAGAAGGUGUGCAUGUGGUAGCUGAGCCAGGCUUGGAUGUGCCUGAGGGUGCAGCACUGAACUUGAGCUGCCACCUCCCUGGUGGCCCUGGGCUCCCGAGCAACUCCACCUUCACAUGGUUCUGGAAUGGCCGGCCACUACACACUGAGUCUGUGCCCACUCUCACUUUCGCCCAUGUGGCCCGUGCCCAGGCUGGGCUGUACCACUGCUGGGCUGACCUCCCCUCUGGGGCCACCACCUCUGCUCCAGUCUUGCUUCGUGUGCUCUACCCUCCCAAGAUGCCCACCAUGACAGUCUUUGUGGAGCCUGAGGGUGGCCUCCAGGGCAUCCUGGACUGCCAAGUGGACAGUGAGCCCUUUGCCAGCCUGACCCUUCACCUUGGCAGCCGACUGGUGGCCUCCAGCAAACCUCAGGAAGCUCCCAUUGAGUCACACAUCCGUGUCUCAGCCUCCCCUAAUGCUCUGAGGGUGGACAUCAAGGAGUUACGGCCCAGUGACCAGGGGGAAUAUGUGUGCUCUGCCUCCAAUGCCCUGGGCUCUGCCUCUGCCUCCACCUACUUCGGGGUCAGAGCUCUACACCGGCUACAUCUGUUCCAGUGGCUCCUCUGGUUUCUGGGACUGCUGGUGGGCUGCCUGUGCCUGCUGUUGGGCCUGGGGGCCUACCAUAAUUGGAGGAGGAGGUGUUCUGAUAAACUGAAGGUGGGCGAGAAUUCGGUGGAGAUGGCUCCUCAGAAAGACAGCACACAGCUCAUUGAUCCUGAUGCAGCCACAUGUGGAACUUCAUCCUGUGCUCUGCCCCUGAGCUGACCAGUGGUACUACCUUCCCUCAGGAAGAGGAGAUUGCUGGCAUCUGUAACAAAUCUGGAACUGUGAAGGAGGCAGCGUUCUACCUCUGUGCAAAUAGAGCAGUGACCUCUGACUUUCUGUGACUAGCUCCAAGUCUCUUGCCCCCAAGAAAAAUGGGUGGUAAGAGGUGAUGGUGAAACCCAGUCUACCCCAGGACUGUGUGGACUCUGUGGGAUUCUGAAGAGAAUCAAGUUGAUCAUGCUGUCCACUUCUCUCUCUGUCUCUAUCUUUUCUCUGGGUCUCUUUUUGUCUCUCCAUUUCUUUUCCAAAGGAGGCACUGCUCCUUCACAUCUUUCUUCUCAAACCCCACCCUGGACUUUUUUGAUGGAUUAGAAUAGAAGAGUAUCUGAGACCACAGAGACUUUCCCAGAAAUGUUGUACCAGAUGGAAUACAACUCAUGCUUCUCUUAUAAGAGAUCAAAUACAAUGAUAUCAACAUGAUAGACUUUUAUUUUUCUCUUGCAUACUAGUUUGGGUAUGCUAUGGUGAUAUAAGGUGUUGGGGCUCAAGAUUCUUCUAUCUUACUUUUCUCCAUCCCUAAAAGGUUGUCUUAUGAUUGUGAGGUUCACUAUGGCCCCACUGUGUCUACAGCCCUACAGUGAGAAGAGGGAAAAGAGGAAAUGGAAGGUCUUUGGUCAAUCAAACUCAGAAGUGGCACAUGUCAAUUGCACUCCCUUCCCAUUGGCUAGUCAUGUGACCACUCCAAGCUGCAAGGGAGUCUGGGCAAUGGAGUUUUUAUUCUGAGUCCAAAGUACAUUUGGAACGUCUAUUUCCAAAGGACUCCCAACUAAAGACUCAUGCCUGGAACUUUUGACAUUGAUAGAAAUGCUGGCAGCAGGCCAGUUCUGUCACUGUGACCCAAGCCAUUCUUGUCAUGGGCUUCCUGGAGGAGGUAGUCCCUCUCAGAUCUCAGGACUGAGGAAAACAAGGUUUGGUGGUCCCUACGGUGAGGACAUGCCAGGCUGUGAGGGUGCCUGAACAGACAUCUUUGUAACAGAUCUGGCCCCCAGAAGAAGAGGUGCCUCCAUUCCCACCCAACUCCAGGGUCAGGCCCUGCUUAACUGGCUCUCUCAAGCAUGAACAAGGCGCAGACAGAUGUCAUCAGCAUCUUCGUUGCUGACAGGUGCA